AUGGCCAUGCGGCAGCGGCAGGUGGUGGCAGUGCUGGUGACCAUGGUGCUGCUGGGUGCUGCCAUGCUGCUGGGCCGUGGUGGGUGGCGGAUGGCAGGGCCAGGCCAUGGCGGGUGGCGGAUAGCAGGGCCAGGCGGUGGCUCAGCUGAGGGCAUGGUGCUGGAGCAGGUGUGUGGGGCUUUGCUGGCUGGGCAGGCCCCUGCAAUGCAGGGCAGUGGGCUGCGGCCUGUGGCCAGGAGCUCGUCCUGCACCACAUACGUGUCCCACAGCCGGUAUAUCACCCGUGCCCUGUCCUCUGAGGAGGCCACCUUCCCCCUUGCCUACAUCAUCACCCUGCAUAAGGAGUUUGAGACCUUCGAGCGGCUCUUCAGGGCAGUCUACAUGCCCCAAAAUGUUUACUGCGUCCACGUGGAUGGCAAGGCGCCAGCCACCUUGUGGCAGGCAGUGCAGCAGCUGGUGGGCUGCUUCCCCAACGCCUUCCUUGCCUCCCACACCGAGCGGGUGGUCUAUGGCGGCGCAUCCCGCCUGCGGGCCGACCUGCACUGCAUGCGGGACCUGCUGGCCUCCGCCGUGCCCUGGCGGUACUUGCUGAACAUCUGUGGGCAGGACUUCCCCUUGAAGACCAACCGGGAGAUUGUCCGGCAGCUGAAGGGCUUCAGGGGGAAGAAUGUCACCCCUGGGGUGCUGCCGCCACCCCACGUCACUGCACGGACACGAUUCAUGCACCAGGAGUGGGAGGGAAGCAACAUUUCGGGGCUGGUCACCCCCCAGGUGCACAAGGCUCCCCCACCACACAACCUGACCAUCUACUUCGGCUCUGCGUACAUUGCGGUCACCCGGCCCUUCGUGGAGUUCGUGCUGCGGGACCAGCGUGCCAUUGACUUGCUGGUGUGGUCCCAGGACACCUACAGCCCCGACGAGCACUUCUGGGUGACGCUCAACAGGAUCCCAGGUGUCCCAGGCUCCAUGCCCAAUGCGUCAUGGGAAGGAGACCUGAAAGCGGUGAAGUGGAUUGAUAUGGAAGAGAGCCAUGGAGGUUGUCAUGGCCAUUAUGUCAGAGGCAUUUGUGUGUAUGGAACAGGUGACCUCAAAUGGCUUUUUAACUCCACCUGUAUGUUUGCAAAUAAGUUUGAGCUCAGAACAUACCCACUGACUGUGGAGUGCUUGGAGCUGAGACAUCGAAAGAGAACCUUGUCCCAGAGUGAGGUUCAGGUGGAACCAAAUUGGUAUUUCUAG